GAGGCGCGGGCGGCGGCCACCGCGGCGCCACUGACGGGGCCCAAGGGCCCGCGCGGCUCCGGGCCGGGGCCCCGCCGCGGGACGGACCAUGCUACGCUCCACCGGCUUCUUCCGGGCCAUCGAUUGCCCCUAUUGGGCCGGGGCGCCCGGGGGGCCCUGCCGGCGGCCCUACUGUCACUUCCGGCACCGCGGGGCCCGGGGCCCGGGUGCACCCGGCGGCGGCGGCGGCGGCGGAGGCGGAGCGGCGCCUUCGGCAGCAGGACUGUGCUAUGACCCCUACAACCCCGAGCUGCCUAAGCCUGCAGCACAGCGGGAGAAUGGGGCGCUGGGCCCCGGGGACAUGCUGGAGCUGGAGCUGGUUAAUCAGGCCAUCGAGGCAGUGCGCUCUGAGGUGGAGCAGGAACAGAGGCGCUACCAGGAACUGCUCGACACGGCCCGAGAGCAGGGCACCGACACCCCGACUCUAGUGGCCCACCGCACCCCGGACCCCACAGCUACCGCUGCCACUGACCCCUUCCCGCUGGCUUUCGACUACAAGCCCAGCCACUGCAGCACAGGGACCUCCGAUGGUGGCUACCAGCCCACCCCGCUGGUCCCUCCCGAGGCGACCAACAAGUACUUGUUGGAGCCCAAGGGUAGCGGGGGUGCCUUGGAGUACAUCCCCAAGGCCGUGAGCCAGCCCCGGCGCCCCCGGUCCGUGCCCAGCGGUAAAUACGUGUUGGACGACUCCAGGCCAUCCACCGACCUUGAGUACGACCCACUCUCCAACUUCUCUGCCCGGCUGCUCAGCCGUGCCAAUGCCCGGGACGAGCAGGUGGCCAGGCGGCCCCGGGGCUCCCGGGCCAGCGAGCCCUACACCCCAGCCCCCAAGAAGAUUUGCGACCCCUUUGCCGGCUGUGACGCCCGCUUUUCCGACUCGGAGGAUGAGGAGGCUGCGGCCCCCGCCACCUCCACUAGUCCUCCCAGUGCUCGGGCAGCUACAGAGAGCAAAGCCCCCCAGAAGCCAGGCUCCAAGGAGGGCCAGGAGCCGAAUGAAGGGGGCCUGCGCGUGACCAAGGAGACAGCAGUGCAGUGCGAUGGUGGGGACCUAGGUCAGAGCCCUGCUGCCAAGCCUGACGCCCCGGCCCUGGCCUCACAGGAACGCUGUGACUCCCAGGGUGGGAGGCCUAAGAAGAAGAAGAGCCACCAGGACAAGAAUGGGGUCCCCAAAAAGGACAGGGCCAAGGGCAUUGAGCCCACAGGGCGCUCUGAGAAGGUACGCAUGGACAAGAAGGAUGUGGCGGCCGGCGGGCCUCGGGCACAGACGGGCAUCAAGAAGAAGCCAGCUUCCACCACUGCUGCAGCCGGGGCAACCAGCUCAGGGAAAGCUCGAGGGGAGAAGCCGCAGCCCAGCCCCACCAAUGGCAGGCCCCCGCACACCCCCCAGGAAGGUCCCGGUGCAAGAGCCUGGGUGGGGAAGCUGGCCAAGCGCAAGGCCCGCUCCCUGGACGAGGGCACCUCCCGUGGUGGCCCCAAGCUCAAAAGGCGGGCCCUGAGCCACGCUGACCUUUUCGGGGAUGAGAGUGACGAUGAGGACCCCCCAGGCCGGAUCUCCCGGCCCCCUGCCCUCCCCAGCCUCAGCUCCAGCUCGGAUUCAGACUCGGAUUCCAGCUCGGGGCUCUCGGCUGAGCGGGUCCCAGCCAAGAAGCUCAAGGUCUCCCCGCCUCCCUCAGCCAGCCUAGCCUCCCCCCCUUCCUCCUCCUCCUCCUCCUCCCCAGGGGCGGGCACAGCCCUGGAGCAGGAGGUGGACUUUGACUCGGACCCCAUGGAAGAGUGUCUGCGCAUCUUCAGGGAGUCCACCAGUGUGAAGACCCAGGACCGCGGCCGCCUGGCACGGCAGCCCCCCAAGGAAGAAAAGACAGAGGACAAGGGGCAGUCAGGCCUGACGACGCUCUUCCCUGGGCAGAAGAGAAGAGUCUCACAUCUGGCCAAGCAGGGCAAGGAGGCGGAGUCCACGAGGAGGAUCUCGGCACCCCCUGUACGGCUCCCUAGCGCCCAGGAAGUGUGUUACCGACGCGCCCAGCAGGCACAGCGAGACUCGGCGGGGUGGCUGCUUGCUGCCCAGAAGCCUUCGUCAUCGUCGUCGUCCUCCUAUUCCACCUCAUCUGUGCACAUCUCUGCGCCCGGCGAGAAGCGAAGGAUCGCUCAUGUGCCCAACCCCCGCCUGGCUGCAGCCCCCACAGGUGCCAAGCGGACCCUCACGGCCGGUAGCAGCCAGCCCACCAAUGGCCCUGAGCCAGGCGGGCAGGCCCUGAAGACACGCACGUUGUCAGGCAUGGCGUCCAAGACCACCACCACCGUGACCCCCAAACGCAUCGCUCACAGCCCAUCUCUCCAGAGUUUAAAGAAGCCCAUUAUCCCCAAAGAGUUUGGGGGCAAAGUCCCCACUGUCAUCCGCCAGCGAUACCUCAACCUGUUUAUUGAGGAGUGCCUCAAAUUCUGCUCCUCCAGCCAGGAAGCCAUCGAGAAGGCACUGAACGAGGAGAAGGCCGCCUUCGACCGCAGCCCCAGCAAGAACAUCUACCUGAAUGUGGCUGUGAACACCCUCAAAAAACUGCGAGGCCUGGUCCCCAGCUCUGUGCCCGGCGUCAACAAGACCAGUGGCCGGAGGUUGGUGUCACAUGAGGUAGUGCUGGGAGGCAAGUUGGCAGCCAAGACCAGCUUCUCGCUCAGCCGCCCCAGCAGCCCCCGCGUGGAGGACCUCAAAGGGAUCGCUCUGUACAGCCGCCUCAAGGAGUACUUGCUGAGCGAGGACCAACUGAAGGAGAAUGGCUUUCCCUUCCCACACCCCGAGAGGCCAGGGGGUGCCGUCCUCUUCACGGGCGAGGAGAAGAAGCCCAAGGACUCCUCCUGCAGGAUCUGCUGUCGCUGUGGUGCCGAGUACAUGGUGCUGCCUUCGGGCCGCUGCGUCCGCCAUGAGGAGUGUGUUUACCACUGGGGGCGGCUGCGCCGGAACCGAGUGGCUGGUGGCUGGGAGACCCAGUACAUGUGCUGCUCAGGCGCCGUGGGCUCCACUGGGUGUCAGGUCGCCAAGCAACACGUGCAGGACGGCCGGAAGGAAAACCUGGAGGGGUUCGUGAAGACCUUUGAGAAGGAUUUAGGAAAUGGUGUGCACCCAGGUGUCUAUGCCCUGGACUGUGAAAUGUCCUACACGACAUACGGCCUGGAGCUGACGCGUGUCACCGUGGUGGACAGCGACCUGCAGGUGGUCUAUGACACCUUCGUCAUGCCGGACAACGAGAUCGUGGACUACAACACGCGGUUCUCAGGGGUGACGGAAGCUGACCUCGCCGACACGAGCACCUCACUGCGGGAUGUGCAGGCCGUGCUCCUGAGCAUGCUCAGUGCCGACACCAUCCUUAUCGGCCACAGCCUGGAGAGCGAUCUGCUGGCCUUAAAGGUCAUCCACAGCACCGUGGUGGAUACAUCCGUGCUUUUCCCGCACCGCUUGGGCCUUCCCUACAAGCGCUCCUUGCGGAAUCUCAUGGCUGACUACCUCAAACAAAUCAUCCAGGACAAUGUGGACGGGCACAGUUCCAGCGAGGAUGCCAGCGCCUGCAUGCACCUGGUGAUCUGGAAGAUCCGAGAAGACGCCAAGACCAAGCGGUGACACCCCCUGCCGCCGCCCUUUUGCCCUGCCUGCCCCCCAAAACAGUGCAAUAAAUCUCGAGAGCUAGCUGUGUUCGGCCGAGAGCACGGGACAAGCCAGCGCUGUCAGAGCGCCCCCCCCCCACCUCGAGACUGUUGCUGACGCCCCCCAGCAGUGUGGCUGCAACCCCUUCUCUGCGAUGGGGGGGAGUAGUGUGACAUGUUGGAGGGGUGGGGGUGUUGGAGAGGGGGGCUCCUUAUUUGGUUCUUUUGUAUUGUUCUUUUUAUUAUUUUUAAUUUAAAUCUGAUGACUUUGCGAAGUUGUCUUCCCUUCCAUUGGUGGCACUAGUUCUGUGUCAUCUCCCCCAUUCCCCCAGAGACUGUGGGGGGGGGGCACCUGGGGAGUUGCCCAGGACCCUCCAAUUCCAGCCCACCUCUAACAAAUCUCUCGCCAAUCCUGAGCGAGCUACAGCCCUUCGAACCCUGGCCCCUUCCCUCCCCUGGGCAGGGACCGAAUAAAUGUUUGUAUGAAUUUUA